UGGUUAAUGCAAUGCUUCGAAGCAUCUCGAGCGUCUUCCCGACCGCAGCCAAUGAUCGCGUUGUGAUUUCUAAUUUAACCUUUUUCUUAUAUUUAUGUAUAAUUAUCUUCAACUUUGUGAAAUAGAGAAUCGAAAACCAUGGAGUAUUCCCAGCAGAAGCAGUUGAUGGAGGCUUUUCGCACUGACUGCCAAACAUUGAUAACACGUUUUGAGCUAUCUUACAAUACUCACUUUCAAAACUUCUGUGAGAUCUGGAAAGAUAUGCAGUUUAGCUUGGUUUUUUCCAAUUUUCAUCCUUCUGAAGCAACUUUAAUGGCAUUAUGCGAAGAUGCUCUUUGUAUAACAAAGCAAUUUCUAAUAAAUGUGACCAGUCUAAAGGAGCGUAUUGGAGCUCUGUACCUUAUGUAUGCAAUAUACUAUAAAAUGCCAACGAAUCGAUUUAAAAUUAGAAUGACCCUGUCAGAUUGGAAAUGUUUGAUGGAGUUGCAUAGUCAAAUCAAGAAAGAAGAAUAUCUUGAUGCUAACUACAUCUUAUGCAAGUUAAUUGUUGAUUGUGCAUUUGUUCAUUGCAUUAGCGAUAGAGAGUACGGUAUUGAGAGGCACUUUUAUAAAAAGCAGGAACAGCCUAAGUUGGCUGUGAAUUUAAUGCCAGAGAUCAAGGAUCUAGCAACACCUGGAAAGCUAUUAUCAAUGAUCAGUGAAUUGAGCAAAACCUAUGAGAAGAAGAAAGGCGUUUUAUGCGACGCAGAAGGAGAUUCCAGCUUGCAACUCUACAACGCCAACAUGGCAGAUGAUAUCGUUAAUAGCAUUCGUAUAAUGCAGUCAGAGAGUAGAACAUUUGCCAAAUCUGAGGAUCCAGAGCCCGGUUGUAGCAAGCCAUCAACAGUAUCAUUGUCGAAUAGCGAAACUGUUCAAAAAGAUCAAAAACGCAUUCGAUUCCGCAAGAAUAAUAUCUUAUCCAAAAUAGGCCGAGCGUUUGGAGAAGGGUUACAAUCAGAAUCCGAAGAAGAACAGAAUGACUCGGACAUCGAUUUUCUGGAAAACGAGUGAAAGAGCUCUUCCUUAAAAGUAAGUAAGAGAAAGAUGUACAAAAUUAUAAUUGAAGACUUCAUUCAGAUAUUAAUUUAAAUAUAGAGAUAUAAAAGAGAGAAAUAAAAAGAAGCAAUUGAUACUUUUUUCAUGAUUUAGAUGCAAAAUAAAUUCUAAUGAAAUUAUAAGAAAUCAAAUUCUAUUGAAUAUUGUCGUUAGAACUGUUUUAUAAACCUAAUUAAAUUUUAUAAUAUCUUUGUAAAAUGUCUUCUUUGUAAAAUGUGACAUAGAUAACCAAAGAAGAUAAUCAAAUACAUAAUGUUUUAUAUAUAAUAAAAGUUAAUAUAUAUGUACUAUGAAAUAAAUGUGUACAU